CUCCUGCUCUUUCUUCGUCAUCUUCCUCCUUCAACUUGCUCAUAGUUUCUUUUCGUAUCGGUUCAUCCUCCCAAGAAAAAUCAUCCUGGUUAAUCCCACCAGAAACAGAGUAGGUAUAUGUCAGUUCGCCCUCGAUUAUACAAUUUUCUCGGCAAACAAACAAGCUUCACACCGUGUUUCUCGUUGAAGCCAGCUUCUGAAACAUAAAGCAGAGGAGACCCAGCUACUUUUGAAGACGAAGACCUUAUCUUCUUUUCCUCCUUUGAAAGCGACGGAAAUGGCGGAAAUUCCAAAGUUGGACUCAGGUUCUUCGUCCUCAGAACAGAACAGGGCGAACCAGAAAAUCUCAGUUUCAGAUCACAUGGACGCCUUUCAAUACACACCCGAGAAAUCUGAUAACUUUGUGAUUGACAUGGACGCCUUCCCUUCCGCCAUCAAUAAAGAUAACCAUCCCAAUUCCAGAAUUACAUUGCAGAGGAACCUUUCCAGGAAAGGAUCUCAGCGUGGGGGCGACAAGAAGAUCAAUGGCAGUGCUGCCCUUCAUGAUAGGGAUAGUGUCCCUACAACAGGCUCACCUAAAGCUACUCUGAUGGGGUCUUGCACGCCUGAAAAGCCCGGGAUGGUGACCGUAGGGUCCACUGAUCACUCCACCAAUUCACAGGUCCAUCAUCAGAUUACCAUCACAACCAGCAAUAUCAGUACCACCGCCGCAGCCGCCACGGCCAUUGAAAGCAAAGGAGUAUCCCGGCGAAACAGUUUCAAGAGGCCUUCUUUCCGGAUCCUCGAUCCUAGGAGGGUUCUUCUGUUCUUCGCCACCUUGUCAAGCAUGGGAACUAUGUUGUUGAUAUACUUCACCCUUGCAAUCGGCAAGCAAAGUGAUGAAAAUGGGGUUGAUUGGCAGCAAUGAGA